GUCUUCGGGCUAAUGCUGACAUAGCUCAACGGAGCUGGAGCUGAUCCGUGUAAUGUGUUCUGGUUAUAAUCUCUAACAGAAAAUAUACUUGUUCACUCUGCGGUCGGUAAACGGGACACCACCAACAUGAGCACCAUGUUCGCAGACACGAUUCUGAUCGUGUUCAUCUCCGUUUGUACGGCGCUGUUAGCCGAAGGGAUUACCUGGGUUUUAGUGUAUCGGACUGAAAAAUACAAGAGGCUAAAGGCUGAAGUGGAAAAGCAAAGCAAAAAACUGGAGAAGAAAAAGGAAACCAUCACAGAAUCUGCAGGACGUCAGCAGAAGAAGAAAAUUGAAAGACAAGAAGAGAAACUGAAGAACAACAACAGAGACUUGUCCAUGGUGCGCAUGAAGUCCAUGUUUGCAAUAGGCUUCUGCUUUACAGCCUUGAUGGGCAUGUUCAACUCCAUCUUUGAUGGAAGAGUCGUGGCCAAAUUGCCGUUUGUACCGCUGUCCUACAUCCAGGGACUGUCCCACCGCAACCUGCUGGGCGAGGAUUACACCGACUGCUCCUUUAUCUUCCUUUACAUCCUGUGCACCAUGUCCAUCAGACAGAACAUUCAGAAGAUGCUCGGCCUCGCGCCCUCCAGAGCUGCAACGAAACAGGCCGGAGGCUUCCUGGGACCUCCACCCCAAGCAGCGAAGUUUUCCUAAUGGUCAGACAGAUUCGGCGUGCCGCUCCCGCGCUGCGAUUCUGCAGUCAUGGCUGCCUCGUCGGAGAACAGACGCAGCUGCCUCUGCAGUGCUGGAGCAAACGAAUUCUCUGUUGCAGCUAAACUGUUUGACCUCUCAUUCAUGUUUUGUUUAUUUAACUUUGAUUGUCUCACUUAGAAAUUAGAGGAGGAGAAGUUGUUCUUAAUUACACUGAUUACCAAAGGAUACAAAUGUCUACCUUGUAUUCAGAACAUGCCAUUUAUUGUUUGGGGAUUUUAAUGAUUAAUUGGCACAGUAACAUCUGAUCCAUUUGUCAGUAUUAUUCUAUGUAUCCUCCUUUCUUAAAUAUUAAUAAAGUUUUAUGAUUACA